CGUGGGCAAGAACGGCAGCCGACUUUGCCUCACUCGAGGCCAAGGUACUUAAGGGCAGCGUCGCCGUGUCGUGGCUCGUCCCGUGGAGCGGCCUGGCCCCUUGACCUCGUUGACCUCACCAAUCUCCCCCCCUCUCCCCCCUCGAGACGUCGGCAAUUGCUGUCUCGUCACCGUCAAUUGGUGUCCGCUCGCAUCAUUACAUUGCAUCUGUUACGCCAAGCCAGCUUUUGCUGCCUCACGUCCCUUCCAUCCUCUUCGUCCUCAUCUCGCCUAUUGGCGCACCCCUUUGACAUCUAACAAGCACUGCACGCGCAACUAGCCUUGCUUGCCUGGACAAGCGAAGAUACGUGCUCCAAUCUCAGACAUAAAGCCGCGUGGUGGCCGUCGCAUUUUCUCUUCCCGGUCGAAUCCCGCGUGUCUGUCACCUGUCUCGUCGCCUGCCACACCUACCUCCCACACCUUCGAGAAACCGAUUUUGCCCCGCCACCGUACCCCGCCAACUCGGCUGCCACAUUCCGAGUUGCAUUGCAUCGAUCGCCCCCCGACCUGCAUCCGGACAACCCACCUUCUACGUCAGCGUGUCUCCUCGACAAGCUGGCGCAACCACUUCUGUGAUUUUGACUGAAGAGAGGUUGAACGUCGCGCUACGGCACGGACGGAUCAUCUCAGCGGCAGCAGGAUCAAAAGGUUCCCCGACUACGUUGAUCCCCUACGAAAGAAAAAGAGAACCAUCAUGGCGACAUCUGUCCCAAAACUCAAGGCUCUGGCCAAUGUCCAGUCCGAGGAGUCUAGUCGUGGACCGUCACCGCAACCUACCCACUUCAGCGUGCCCUUGAUGUCCAAUACCAACGGCAAUGGCAACCGCGUUCUUCGGUCAGCCACCGUCGGCUAUGUUGCUCCAGAGUUCACCGGAAAGCUUGAGCAGAUGAAGGCUGUCAAGGAUAUCAUCGUUCAGGCCGGAUGGAUACCCGAAUCCCUCGUCGAGGAACAGAUCCGCUGGUUCUACGAACAGCUUGGCAUUGACGAUGUCUACUUCCACAUUGAGACUCCCGACGUCAUUGCUAGCCAGAUCACCUCGCUCUACGCCGCCAAGGUGGCUGCCUACUCGCGAGAGGACAAGCGGGAAGAGAUCCGCCUGGACAUGGAGGCUAAUGAUCACGCCAUCUAUAUUGACACCAGCGAGCCCGGAAAGGGUCAUGUUGGCGGCCCCAGAUAUGAGUCGCGCCUCGAAGCCAAGUACCUCGACCACCAGGGCAGGACCAAGUACCGUGUAGAGACGUUCCGGUCUCCGGCAGUCAUUGGCGCCAGCCCCAACUCCAAGGCUACCCUGCGCUGUUAUUUCGUCUACCAGUGCCAGUUCAAGCAGAGCGUCGAGGCCACGGACCCAAAAGAGACCAACAUUGAGCUCAUCUCUGACAGUGGCUUCUGGCAAAAGGCGACGGACAACACCAAGCAAAUCUACCAGGAGAUUAUCGAGCUGGCUGUCAACCGGGCUGGACCCGUAAUUGAGGUCUUCGACAUCGAAGGCGUCGCAGAGAAGCGUCUUGUUGUCGCCUUCCGGACACGCACUGCUCGCGGCAUGUUCUCCGCCCUCAGUGACCUGUACCACUAUUACGGCGUUACCAGCUCCAGGAAGUACGUGGAGCAGUUCUCCAACGGUAUCACCGUCAUGAGCAUUUACCUCCGACCGGCCACCCACCUGGACGGAUACUUCCCACCCCUCGAUGAGUCGAUUUACCAAAUCACCAAGGAGAUCUCUCUCCUGUACUGCCUUCCCCAGAACAAGUUCCACAACCUCUUCGCUGUUGGCGAUCUCAGCCUCCAGGAGGCCGUGUACGCUCAUUCGGCAUGGGUCUUCGUGCAGCAUUUCCUCAAUCGGUUGGGCCCCGAGUACGCAUCGCUGUCGGAGAUUCUGAGCAUCACCGAUACCGCCCAGGCUGCCUUGCUGUCUAAGCUUAAGCGGCGUCUCCGCACGGAGACCUUCACCCCGGACUACAUCCUGGAGAUCAUCCAGAACUAUCCCGGCCUCGUGAGGUCAUUGUACGCAUCUUUUGCCAGCAUCCAUCUCGGCAAUGGGCCUGAGGAGCAGAUCGUGGCCCCUACGCCCAAGGUUGAGGUCUUGUCAGACGAGAGGCUCAAGGAGACUAUCUCCAAGACCGUCUCCAACGAGCACGACGAAAUGGUCAUGACUGCGUUCCGCGUCUUCAACAACGCCAUCCUCAAGACCAACUACUUCACUCCUACAAAGGUCGCUCUCAGCUUCCGGUUGGACCCCUCCUUCCUACCGGAAGUUGAGUACCCUCGACGUCUUUAUGGCAUGUUCCUUGUCAUUGGUGCCGAGUCCAGGGGCUUUCACCUGCGCUUCCGGGAUGUCUCCCGCGGUGGUAUCCGAAUCGUCAAGUCCCGCAGCAAGGAGGCCUAUGGCAUCAAUGCGCGAAAUCUCUUCGACGAGAACUACGGCCUGGCCAGCACUCAGCAGCGCAAGAACAAGGACAUCCCCGAAGGCGGUUCCAAGGGCGUCAUCCUGCUGGACCCCAAGCAGCAGGACAAGGCUCAGGAAGCCUUUGAGAAAUACAUUGACAGUAUUCUAGACCUCCUCCUUCCGGCUGUGAGCCCGGGCAUCAAGAACAAGCUCGUGGACCUGUAUGGCAAGGAGGAGAUCCUCUUCAUGGGUCCCGACGAGAACACAGCCGACCUGGUUGACUGGGCCACCGAGCACGCGCGUGCUCGUGGUGCCCCGUGGUGGAAGUCGUUUUUCACCGGCAAGUCCCAGAAGCUGGGCGGCAUUCCCCACGACAAGUACGGCAUGACCACACUCUCGGUCCGCGAGUACGUCAAGGGUAUCUACAGGAAGCUCGAGCUCGACCCCUCCCAGGUCCGCAAGAUGCAGACUGGCGGCCCUGAUGGUGAUCUCGGCAGCAAUGAAAUCCUUCUUGGCAACGAGAAGUGGACUGCCAUUGUUGACGGCUCCGGUGUUCUGGCGGACCCCAACGGCCUGGACAAGGACGAGUUGGUCCGCCUGGCCAAGAAGCGCGCCAUGAUCAGCGAGUACGACAUGACCAAGGUGUCCAAGGACGGAUAUCGCGUCCUCUGCGAGGAGAAUAACAUCACUCUUCCCAACGGCGAGGUCGUGACCAACGGCACGUCUUUCCGCAACACAUACCACCUGCGGGACACCGGUAUGACGGAUGCCUUUGUUCCCUGCGGUGGCCGCCCCGAGUCGAUCGACCUCAUCUCGGUCAACAGACUCAUCAAGGACGGAAAGACGACGAUUCCUUAUAUCGUCGAGGGCGCCAACCUGUUCAUCACCCAGGACGCGAAGCUCCGUCUCGAGGCGGCCGGUUGCAUUCUGUACAAGGACGCCUCAGCGAACAAGGGUGGUGUCACCUCGUCGUCUCUCGAGGUCCUGGCCUCGCUGUCCUUUGACGAUGCUGGCUUCGUCGAGAACAUGUGCGUGGACGCCAAAACUGGCCAGCCGCCUCAGUUCUACAACGACUACGUCCGUGAGGUGCAGGCCAAGAUUCGCGAGAAUGCCCGUCUGGAGUUUGAGGCCAUUUGGCGUGAGCAUGAGACCACUGGUACUCCGCGAUCCAUCCUGUCGGACAAGCUCUCCAUCGCCAUCACGGACCUUGACGAGGAGCUUCAGAAGUCUGACCUGUGGACCAACCCCAAGAUCCGUCGCGCUGUGUUGCAAGACGCACUUCCCUCCCUUCUGCAGCAGAAGAUUGGCCUCGACACAAUCAUGGAGCGCGUGCCGGAGAACUACCUGCGUAGCAUUUUCGGCAGCUACCUCGCCAGCCGGUUCGUCUACGAGUUUGGUAGCGAGCCGAGCCAGUUUGCCUUCUUUGACUUCAUGUCGAAGCGCAUGGCCAAGAUCACGGGCCAGUCCAACGGAGCUGAGGGCGUUCGCAGAAUGUCUGUGAGCGGCGGUGUUGGGCUGUAAAGGGAAUGAGGUGAUAGGGGAACGACCCUGCUACCCUCUCUGUAGGAGCAAGGCACAUGACCCGCAUGAUUGGUUUCUUGUUAUGAUUGUGUCGAUUUACGACGGGCACUCUGUUUCAAAAGCAUGGCAGCCGGGGAGGCUGAUGGGCAUUGUCUUUGGGAUUGAGAGGAUUGGCGGGUUGGAUCAAGAGCAUGAGGCGCUGGCUCACUUUAAAGGCUGGCCACAGGGUCAGAAAAAGCAGCCGUAGAGACGGACUAGACUAAGAAAGAGGCCUGGCAUACGACUAGACACUUUCGACUACUAAUAGCAUCAUCAUCACGACCUGGC